CCUGAGCGCACCUUUCUCAGGAACGCAGAAUGACCAGAAGCCCUCGUCGCCGCUGACUUGACUCGCUGCGCCGCACAGAGAAAGAAGUUUACAGAUCGCAGUGCCUGACCUCAGAACAGCCCACACCUCACCUGGCACCGAGCGUACCUGGAGGCAGAGGACGAGCUGCAUGCGUCCGUCAGGUGUUUCUGCAAACACAGGUAAACAGAGACCAAUAAAGCAGUUGUACCACAAGAGCCUGCAGUACUAUCUGACGUGAUGACAUCAGAGGACCUCUUAAACACUCUGGAAGAUUUGGGAGAUGAAGAGUUUGAUAAAUUCAAGUGGUUCCUGCAGCAUGGUGAUGUCCUUCGGGGGCGCCCUGCCAUCAGAAAGAGCCGUCUGGAGACGUCAAAGCGACUGGAAACUGUGGACCUGAUCAUACAAACCUAUGAACUCCAAGGAGCUUUGGAGGUGACCAAGGUGGUUUUAGAGAGAAUUAACAGAAAUGACCUGCUGCAGAGUUUUUCUGUCAGCAGCCCAACAACCGAAGUGCACAUCAAUGGUGGGAAGACUUCAAAGAAGAAAGGGGAUGAAAAUGAUGGUGGGAAAACCACAAAGAAGAAAGAUGACGAUAACAAUGAUGGGAAGACUUCGAAGAAAAAAGCAGAUAAUGAAGAUGGUGGGAAGAGCCCAAAGAAGAAAGGGGACAAUGACAAUGAUGGGAAGACUUCAAAGGAAAAAGUAAAUGAUGAAGAUGGUGGGAAGAGCCCAAAGAAGAAAGGGGACAAUGACAGUGAUGGGAAGACUUCAAAGGAAGAAGCGGAUAAUGAAGAUGGUGGGAAGACUACGAAGAAGAAAGGAGAUGACGGCAGUGUUGGGAAGGCUAAAAAGAAGAAAGGACUUUUCUCCUCUAAGACUCAGGCUCCUACUUCUGAGACUGAUGAUAUGAUGGUUCCAGUACCAGAGCCACAUCCCAUCACAUUUUACCAGCAGAUGCUUCAGUCAAAUUUCCAGGAUAAAUUUUUGGGUGCAGAAGAAGAGUGGGCAAAAGACACACAGCAUCUGGCUGAUAUCUACACAGAGCUGUACAUCACAGCCAGGUGUGGCGCACAUUUCCACACACAGCAUGAGGUCCGAACGUUAGAAAAGGCAUGGAAGCCAGCAGAAGCAGAGAAAUCAAUUCAACCCACAGACAUGUUUGAGCAUCCUUCUGGAGAAUCCAAACCCAUCAAAACAGUGAUGACCAAUGGAAUCGCAGGAAUUGGAAAAACUUUCCUUGUCCAGAAGUUUGUUUUGGACUGGGCUGAAAAAAGAUCCAAUCAAGAUGUGCAUCUGAUUUUCCCCUUCACCUUCCGUCAGCUGAAUCCUCUGAAGGGAGAAAAGUUCAGUUUGGCAGAGCUCAUUCAUGAAUGCAUCCCAGAAACUGUAGGCAUCCCACAGGAGGCUCUUAAUUACAUCUUUACAGAUGUUCAGUCAUCAGGAAUCACCAACUAUGACAAGAGUAAAUUCAAACUUCUGUUUGUGUUUGAUGGGCUGGAUGAGAGCCGCCUUCAUCUCGACCUUCAUUCUGAAGACAUUCGCUCUGUCGAUGUAACAACGGCAACAGUAACAGAUGUCCUGCUAAGAAAACUCAUUAAUGGAAAACUGUUAUGCUCUGCUCGCAUCUGGAUAACCACACGGCCUGCUGAAGCCAAUCAGAUCCCCCAAGAGUUUAUAAACAGCAUCACAGAGGUCAGAGGGUUCACUGAGCCUCGGAAGGAGGAGUAUUUCAGGAAGAGAUUCAAAGAUGAGGAACAGGCCAAUAGGAUUGUCUCCCACAUCAAAACAUCACGAAAGGGAGGAGAGCUGCCCAAGACUCUGACUGAGAUGUACGCAGAGUUCCUGAUGUUUCAGAUUGAUCGGACAAAAGAAAAGUAUGGCCCAGAGAAGAGCAUUCAAUACAUUACAUCAUUAGCAAAACUGGCCUUUGAGCAGCUGGAAAAGGGCAACCUGAUCUUCUAUGAGAAGGAUCUGAGAGAGAGCGGCAUUGACUUUGUCUCAGCAUGUGGAGGAGUUUCCACAGAGAUCUUUAAAGAGGAGCGAGGGAGGAAAGGGAAAGACAAGAUGUUCAGCUUCGUCCAUCUGAGUGUUCAGGAUUUUCUGGCUGCUUUUUAUGUGAAGAUGUCUCUAAUAAACAGCAACAAAAAUGUGAUGCCUUUACCACGAAUGUCUCUGAAAAACCUUCGACUCCUUUUUAGCAAAACAUCUUCGAAGAAGAUCCACAGGAUUUCCAUUGACAGGGCCUUAAAGAGUCCAAAUGGAAGCCUGGAUUUGUUCCUUCGCUUCCUUCUGGGUCUUUCACUGCAGACCAACCAGGAGAAACUACAGAACUUGUUGAUCAAGACGGACAGUAACCCACUGGCCAAUCAGAAAACAGCCCAGUACAUCAAGAAGAAGCUCAGUGAGAAUCUGUCUCCAGAGAGAAGCAUCAAUCUGUUCCACUGUCUGAAUGAGCUAAAUGAUUCUUCUCUAGUGGAGGAGAUCCAACAGUCCCUGAGAUCAGGAAGGCUCUCCACAGAAAAACUAUCUCUUGCUCAGUGGUCAGCUCUGGUCUUCAUCUUGCUGUCAUCGGAAGAAGAUUUGGGCGUGUUUGAUCUGAAGAAAUACUCAGUUUUUGCUUCAGAGGAUGCUUUUCUGAGACUGCUACCAAUAACGAAAGAAUCCAGCAAAGUUCUGCUGAGUGCAUGCAAUCUGUCAAAGAGAAGCUGUUCAGCUCUAUCCUCAGCUCUUAGCUCUGAGCCAUCCAGCAUGCGAGAACUGGACCUGAGUAACAACGACCUGCACGAUUCAGGAGUGAAGCUGUUGUCUAUUGGGCUGGGGAGUCCAAGCUGUAGACUGGAGAAACUCAACCUGUCAGGCUGUAUGAUCUCAGGGAAGGGCUGUACUUCUCUAGCCACAGCUUUGAGAGCCAACCCCUACCAUCUGAGUGAGCUGGACCUGAGCUACAACCAUCCAGGGGACACCGCCACCAAGCUGCUUUCUGCUGGAGUGGAGCAUCAACACUGGAAGCUUAAAAUUCUCAGGCUGGAGCAUGGUGGAGAGCAGAGGCUGAAACCUGGUUUGAAGAAAUAUUUCUGUGAACUCACACUGGACACAAGCACAGCCAACAGAAACCUCAAGCUGUCCGACAACAACAGGAAAGUGACGGCACUGUCGACGCAGGAGCCUUACGCCCAGCACGCAGAGAGGUUUGACUUCUGCCUUCAACUGCUGUGCAAGCACGGUGUGACUGGUCGCUGUUACUGGGAGGUGGAGUGGAAAGGAGUGGUGGAUAUCGCAGUCAGUUACAGAGGAAUCAGAAGGAGAGGAGACAGUGUCGACUGCAAGUUUGGAUGCAACGGUCAGUCGUGGAGUCUGAUGUGCUCUGAUGUUGAUCACUACUCUGUGUGGCACAACAACACAGGGAAAGACAUCUCCUCCUCCUCCUUCUCCUCUGUCUCUAACAGAGCAGGAGUGUAUGUGGACUGGCCUGCGGGCACGCUGUCCUUCUACAGAAUCUGCUCUGGCUCAAAGACCCUUCUCCACACCUUCCACACCACAUUCACCGAACCCCUUUAUCCUGGGUUUGGGUUCUGCACAUUGUCGUUCGGUUCUUCUGUGUUUCUGAGUUCUCCGUAGAAACGAGAGUCUGGGCUUAUGUCGAAAAGCGACUUGAUGUUUGACUCACUUUGACGUGAAGUCAGCGCCUUUAUGCUCCGGGUGGCUGAAUAUGUAGGCGUGUUCUCGUACUUUCUCACUGACGUGUCUUUGAACUUGUGUGUGUUUUGCUAUGUUUCUAUGUUUUUGUAAAUCAGGCCGCUGAAACGAGCCCACUGGGUUCAUAAAUAACUUAAAUCUUCAGGACACAGCUGGUCGUUGUGCUCACGAGCAACACCACCGACCGAUCUACCCGUGGACCCUCGUGCCCUGACCUGUUGUUACCAUGGAGACCACUGUAGACUUUUUCACACUGGUUCAGAUUCCUGGACCACAGCUGACCUUUGAACCUGCUGAUGUUGCUGUCAGAUGCAAUGAUGAUGUCAUCCUCCAGCA